AUGGUGGCAAUGGGAGUUAUCGGCAAAAAAGGCUACCUACAAGAUAAAUGGAACAGACUCGAUUGCUUUAUUGUCGUCAUUGGGUAAGAGCUAAUCAACUUUAUCAUAAACAUAAUUUUCCACACGUUUUGAUUGGUCUAGAGAUCAUUACGUUACCAGCAGACAAUAACAAUAGGAAAAAAGGCUGCGUAUACGCAGCCGCAUCAAGAAAAAAUUGUUUGUCAGGUUUAGACAAAGUUGUGCUAAUGCUCACUUUGGUCCAUGCCUUUGGAGGAAAAUGUUACUUUCGUCUUUUUGCUUACUUGGAUUAUAAGGCAAACAAGUAUACUGGUUAAAUGAUCAAUCAAUUAUCGUAUCGCAAAAUAUUAUGAGUUUCAAUUCCCCCGGUAGAUUAUUUGAAGAUGCCGAAGACAGACUAGAGGCAGAUAUUUGAGCUACUCACUACCACUGCCAUAUCGUGAUAUUUUGUUCAAUGUCAUCCAUUAAUUUUUUCGACUUCGCCAAGAGAACACAUUGAUAAGCAACGGGGCUUUUGCUGACAUGCCUAACUUUGGAAAUUGGUAUAAGGUAGUUAAUUGAUUAAUGUGAUAAAUCAUGGAUUUUCUCUCAAAGGAAAAUACAUUUUUCUACUAAAAAAUUUCCCGCUACGCUAAAAAACCAGCACUUCUUACGAUUAACUUAACUCGCGGCACAAACAAUUGAGCACAAAACCCUCUCUUUCUCUCUUAAAUCAGUCUUUCUUGGUUUGUAACUGCUGAAGUUUCACCUCUUCAUAGUACGUUUUUCAUGGGAAAAUAGACUGUUUUAGUGAAGACAAUAGGGGACAGGUAAGGGGGGAAAUUGCUUGACCCUAAUAGGAGAGGAAAAGGAAGGCCAUAUUGAUAAAUGUAUGGGAUCAAAUUGGAUUCGUUAAUUUAUCAAUCUCCAUAGUGAUUAAGAGCACCUAUUCACUUAUUUUUUUUUUAGCUUUAUUGAGAAAGCAGUCCAACGGGGUAACUAUCUGACCAUUAUACGGGCUUUCAGAGUUUUGAGACCGCUUCGCGCAAUCAACAAAGUUCCAAGUAAGUAUAUGCAUAAAUUCUUAAUUGUGGUCGGCUAGUCAACCUCUUCUCAGGGCCUCAUAAGGUUUAUCUGUUGCUUUGUGAGAACUCUUCUUGAAUUUAAAUUAAAUGGUCAAAGCAGCAUAGGUCAUGCAUGUAUAAUGGCAUCUCGUCUUCAGUACAUACCACCCCCUAUAAUGGCAAUUUAAAGGUUUUUUCACGAGACAGGGUCAGACUGGGUGUUCUUUGUUAGCGUUGCGUCGAAUACCUUUGUGGAUAUGGUUUUCCUGACAUAUUUUGACCCAGCCGCCUUUCCUUUGUAACCUCGUAAUCAAGUAUUGUAAUAGCCAUUUUUAACUGAUAGAACUGAGUGACAGUGGUGUCCUAAAAACAGUCCCAUAGUGCAAUGCGACACAAUCAUGACCUAGCCUCCUCAUGCACAAUUCGCAAAUGGUAGAUACGGCGUUACUGAUACAUUCCACGGGCUCAAGAAAACAUUAUGAGUGGUCACAUGACCGAGGUCUGACAAGUAUCUACUGCUUUGUGUUUUAAUACUUGUUUACUGAUUCCUUUUGUAUGUAAUUCUGAAUUGCAGGCAUUCGUAUUUUAGUGACGCUACUCUUGGACACACUUCCAAUGCUGGGCAAUGUACUGAUGUUAUCUUUUCUGAUAUUCUUCGUCUUCGGUAUCAUUGGCGUACAGUUGUGGCAGGGAAAACUGAGAAACCGCUGCUUUACAAACUUGAAUGAGAGUUCAAUGUUCUUCACCAGGUAUUCACACAGUAGCAUCAUUUCCUGUUCAAAACGAACCAGGGACCCGUUUCUCGAAAGCCCUUAUGACUUUCCAGGCCCAAAGUUCAAGUCAAAAUGUCAAAAGGUUAAAAGCGCGGGUCCUUUCUAACAAACCAGCCUUGUUUUUUUGUUGUUAACCGGUAGUUCUAUCAUGUUAUCAGGAAAACUAUUUGAACUUCACUUUUAAUUGUAAACAACAACAGAUUUCCGGGCCACGUUAAUUAACUAUUGUCGGGACUUUCGCCCCAGGCGAGGAACCAAGAAAAUUGAAAUGACAAAAAAAAAAGGAAAAUUGAAAUUCAAUGGGACUGUUUGUUGAUUACUCUAGGGGCGAGGCAGUGUAUUUGUGGGGAUCGAGUCACGAGCUAUCGACCCCCUAAAAUUCGUUAACUUGACGUUUGCUAAACUAUUUGAGCCACUUUUUAAUUCUUACCCUCAACGUACAUUUAAACAUUAACCGUACCUUUAAAAGACGCUCUCAUACUUGACUGAUAGCCUAUUUACUAACGAUACUAAGUGGCUUGUAAUUUAGUUAUGAGUGACCCCUAAAGUUGCUGUUUUAAUUUAUGCUUUCAGAUAUAACCAGUCAAAAUAUUAUAAGCCGUCUUUCACCAGUCCAGAUUUCGUNAAAAAAAAAAGGAAAAUUGAAAUUCAAUGGGACUGUUUGUUGAUUACUCUAGGGGCGAGGCAGUGUAUUUGUGGGGAUCGAGUCACGAGCUAUCGACCCCCUAAAAUUCGUUAACUUGACGUUUGCUAAACUAUUUGAGCCACUUUUUAAUUCUUACCCUCAACGUACAUUUAAACAUUAACCGUACCUUUAAAAGACGCUCUCAUACUUGACUGAUAGCCUAUUUACUAACGAUACUAAGUGGCUUGUAAUUUAGUUAUGAGUGACCCCUAAAGUUGCUGUUUUAAUUUAUGCUUUCAGAUAUAACCAGUCAAAAUAUUAUAAGCCGUCUUUCACCAGUCCAGAUUUCGUCUGCUCUUUACCAGACGACCAUGGCACCAGCAAGUGCUCCGAUAUUGAUCCGUAUUACCAGAACAAUAAGGAAUGUAACGCUUCUUUUGAUAAUAACUAUGCUGGAAAUAACUCACUGUGCGUGAAUUGGAACAUGUACUAUAGUACCUGCCAACCUGAUGGACCUAAUCCGUUCUAUGACACUACAUCGUUUGAUAACAUUGGUAUUGCAUGGAUUGCCAUAUUUCAGGUAAAUAACGUUCUCUACUAU